CCAGCUCUCCGCCCCUCGGGUGAAAACCGGGCAGCGGGCUGCAGUGCGCUCGCUGGAGAAGCGACCGUGGAGAGCGCCCUUCCCCGGCGCCGGCGCCGGCCCCCUCCAGCCAUGUCCCGGCGGCCGCGAGCGCGGGCAGCGCCCCAGGGCAGGGCCCAGGGCUGCGUGGUGCCCGGCACCGCGCUCCUGCUACUCGCCUACCUGGCGUACCUGGCACUGGGCACCAGUGUGUUCUGGGCGCUGGAGGGCCGCGCGGCGCGGGAGUCCGGCCGCGGUUUCCAGCUCGACAAGUGGGAGCUGCUGCAGAACUUCACGUGCCUGGACGGCCCGGCGCUGGACUCGCUGAUCCGGGACAUCAUCCAAGCGUACAAGGACGGUGCCCACCUCCUCGGCAACACCACCAGCAUGGGGCGCUGGGAGCUCGUGGGCUCCUUCUUCUUUUCCGUGUCCACAGUCACCACCAUCGGCUAUGGCAACCUGAGCCCCCGCACCAGAGCUGCCCGUCUCUUCUGCAUCCUCUUCGCUCUUGUGGGGAUCCCGCUCAACCUCGUGGUGCUCAACCGCCUGGGGCACCUCAUGCAGCAGGGCGUGCACAGCUGUGCCCGCAGGAUGGGGGGCGCCUGGCAGGACCCUGCUAAGGCGCGCUGGCUGGCGGGCUCCAGCACCCUGCUCUCGGGCCUCCUGCUGUUCCUGCUGCUGCCACCGCUGCUCUUCUCACACAUGGAGGGCUGGAGCUACGAGGAGGGCUUCUACUUCGCCUUCAUCACCCUCAGCACCGUGGGCUUCGGCGACUACGUGAUCGGGAUGAACCCCUCCAGGAGUUACCCGCUGUGGUACAAGAACACGGUGUCCUUGUGGAUCCUCUUUGGGCUGGCGUGGCUGGCCUUGAUCAUCAAACUCGUCCUCUCGCUGCUGGAGACCCCAGGGGGCACAUGUUCCUGCUGCCACCAUGGCUCCAAGGGCCGGAGCUGGAGGCAGGGCCCGGAUGGAGAGCCCGAGUCCUCCUGCCCACAGCCAGGCUGCUGUCCGGAGAGGCCUGUGGGCCUCACGGAGUACCUGGGUCCCUCUCCUCCGGAUGUAGGCUGUGGCAAGGACGGCUAGUGGUACACUCGAUCAUGUCCACCUUCCUUCUCCCUAACAAGACCCCCGACUUGGGGCUUGGCACGUGACUACCCAAGCCAAAGACUACAUUCUCUAGGUGCAGCUAUGUAUAUUAAAUUCUGUUCAACAGGAAACACAGAAGUAUCCCAUGUGACUUAGGGGAUGAGGCUUUUGGGAUGGAGUGCACCCCUCUUCCCCACUUCCUUCCUCCAGCUGGCCGAAAUACUGAUAAGGUGGCUGGAGCUCUGGCAGCUACAUUGCACCAUAAGAUAGAAGCCAUGUUUGAGAUCAGCGGCACAGGAGAAAGAGCCGGGACCCCCUGAUGAUCACAAACCCGGGCUGAAUACCACCAGUCUUCCUUCAAGAGAGAGAAAUAAACGUCUUGGUUUA